AUGCGAGAGAUGAAUCUAGCAGAUGUCAAUCGUUCUUCAGGAGUAUCAUCAGACAAGUUUGAUAUAUCAUUGAUGGUAUGCUUACUGAGAAAUUCCACAGAUCUUGACAUUCAAGAUAGUCUUCCACUGCAAACGAAUCUUUCUACGGCUGCAGAUAUUUCCAGGAUCAAAUUUUACAGAAACUACAUUGUUCAUUCUGAGAGCGGUGAAGUUACAGAAAACAAGUUUACAGUCAUAUGGAAGUGUUUGGAGGAGGCCAUUCUUAGACUUUUACCAGAACUAAAGCCUGAAAUUGAAGCUUUGAUGAGCUCAUCGUUAACGAAUAUUGGUGAUAUGAAACAUGUUAUACGGCUUGAGAAAGAAUUAGAAAAAACUAAUCAGAAACUGGAAACGCUUGAAAUACAAAAAAAUAAUUUCAGAGAAAUACGCAAUAGAAUUUUGAAAGAAUGGCGUGAAACUGACAAGAAAUACGUGUCUACCUCGGCCAAGACAUUUAUUUUCAAAUCGUUACAACACAAUAAAGGUGUCAUUAUUACUGGAUCCCCAGGCUGUGGAAAAUCUGCAGCCGCUCACCAUGUAGCUUUGGAAUUAGAAAAGGAAGGAUAUGAGAUAUUUCCCUGUGAUGAUCCAUCUGAGAUCCUUAAUCAUUUCAAGUCAGGGAAGUUCCAGGUUUUUGUACUUGAUGACGUAUGUGGUAAAUUCACGCUUAAUCCACAUAAAGCAGACUCUUGGGAUGAAUACGACGGUAAAUUAAAUAUGAUCCUUGAAUUAAAUCAGAAAGACGAUAAGAAUGACAGCUCCUACAAAUCUAGGGAAGAUAAAUUGAGUAAAUCUAUGGAAGACAGGUACAUCAAACUUGAUGUAAAUGUAUCCAGGAAGUCACAGGUCAAGUUUAUAAUCACGUGCAGGGAGAACAUAUAUAGUCACAAAGCAUUCCCAAAACUGGCUUGUUUCUCGCUUGUACAAUGCAGCUUUAGUACCUAUUACAAAAUGUCCUUAGAUGAAAUGCAGAAAAUUGCGUUAGCAUAUGUAUCUGAGGAUACUGUAAAUGGCAUACAAAACAUGUGUCUUUUUGAUUUUUUCCCUCUUAUAUGUGCUUUGUACUGCAAAAAGGUCAAUCGUGAUCCGAGAUUCUUUACUCAUCCUGUUGAAAUAAUUGAAAAAGAAAUCUCAGUUAUGAAAAUCAAAUCGGAAUCAUCUUUUCUGUGUCUUUCUCUUCUUGUAUUGAAAAAUAAUAAUAUAAGUAAAGAUGACUUAAGAUCCGGGGAUGUGGGACAUUUAGUUGAAAGUGUAUGCAGUGACUGUGACAUAGAAUUGGUCGUUUCUAUGGUGACUUUACAAAAUUGUUUUGAGCGACUGAAGGGUAUCUAUAUUAUUGAGGAAGGGGAGAUAUAUAAAGCGAUACAUGACAAAAUGUUUGACAUCAUAGCUUCAGCCAUAGCAUCAUCUAUAAUGAAAUCUUUGAUAAUGUAUGCCGAUAUAGCGUUCCUUGCGAAUCGCAUUCAACUUUUGUCAUUGGGUAGAAGUAAUCUUUCCUUUGCAGUUUAUAUCCCACAAGAAUUUGAAAGAGUUUAUCUCAAACGAAUAUUCAAGGAAGCAAUGAGUGGAAAAUAUUGGGAAGUGUUUGGAGGCAUACAUGUAGAAAACGAGGCAUAUAGAAAACUACUUUUGUCUUAUCUGAAGGAACAAGACACUUUUCAACAAUCUUCUUAUGAAACCAGUAAAGAUGGAUCAACUCCGUUGUUUGUUUCGUCAUCACUAGGAUACGUAGAUUUUGUAAAAUACUUUGUAGCAAAAUGUCCCAAUCACAUAAGUAUUAAAGACAAGGAAGGUAGAUCUUCUUUCUAUGUCGCGUGUAAAAACGGCCACACUGCUGUGGUUAAAUAUUUAAUACAUUAUUAUGAAGACGUAAAUGCAGAAAUGGCAUAUAAAACAACUGCAUUAUCCUCAGCAUGCUAUAAUGGCCACAUUGAAGUGGCUAAAUUGUUGUUAGAAAACAAUGCAGAUAUCAAUAGAACUAACAAUUUAAAGCAUAAUGCACUCUAUUGUGCCUGUUAUAGUGGCAAUGUUCAAUUGGUGAGUUUAUUAUUGCGCGCAUAUAAUUUGGAUAGAACAAUUAGAGAUAGCGUUGAUCAACAUUCGUUGCAUACAUCAUGUCAAAAGGGACACACAAACACUUUAAAACACACGAAGGAAUUUUGUAGAGAUGUCAAUCAGCAAUCUGAUAUUGGCUGGACACCACUGCACAUUGCUUGUAGGAAGGGUCAUUAUGAAAUAGUGAAAUUGGUACUUGAUUUGAACAGACAGACAUUAGAAAAUUGUGUUGAUACAACGAUCAAGGAUAACACAGGAUGUUCAAUUUUACAUAUCGCAUGUGAUAAUGGACCUACAGAGGAUAAACGCAAAAUAUCAAAAGCCGCUGCCGUAAAUCUUCACUUUGAAAAAUUCAAAACACCACUCUCUAUCUGUAAGAGAACAACAGGUCUCAGUAAAAAAUAA